AUGCUUUCCGUUAGCAUUAGCUAUUUGUCUAGUAACUCGGAAAUAAGUCAAAACAAAACUUCACUGCAGCAUACGUCAAAACGAAACUUUUUAUUAACAAGAGCAUCGACUAUUCAAUCAUUUAUCUAUUUUAAAAAGAAACGAACAAGCUCGGCAUGUAUUCAUUUCGUCAACAAUUUUCGAAUUAGCGAACUUGACCGUGUUAUUGAUGAGAAAAAUCUUGGUAACGAACAACCUGCCCAUCGUGCUCGAUUUCAGAACAUAGGACAAAUGUUAGCCCGUCGAGCACUCUAUGAUCCAGCAUUUGGUGAUUCUUGGUCCAAUUAUCUUGAAAAGAAACGAAGUCUCUUCGAUCCUGCUUAUGGUGAAUGGGCCAACACAUUCAAACGAUCGGAUGAAUAA